UUGUUCGCUGGUUCCUUGUCACUGUGAAUUUAGAUAUGCUUUAUUUUGAAAAGAGUAGCCGGGUGCGGUGUUCACAACACGACGGCUUGACGUCUGUCACUUCCUCGGAAGCGAACAGCAGUUGUUGACGGACUGAAAUAACGUUCCCGAGUGAAGCAACCGCACUGGAAUUCUGGAGUCCAGCUUUUGUGUGGCGUCUCUUUUGUAAAUAACUGCAAAUGUGUCGGGUAAUACCGCACAACUAGCGGCUGGGGAAUUAGGUGGUCCUGCUGUCUGUGCAGUCGCCAGGAGAGUAGGCCAUGCUGUGUUGGGGCAAUGCUGCAUAUGGACAGCUCGGUUUGGGUGGGAUUGAUGAGGAGAUUGUGGUUGAGCCACGGAAAUGUAAGUUCUUUUAUGGAAAACAGGUGUCCAACGUCGGUUGUGGUCGCAGGCACACAGUUUUCGUGUUGGAUGAUGGGACUGUUUACACCUGUGGCUGCAACGACCUGGGCCAGUUAGGGCACGAGAAGGCCAGAAAGAAACCAGAGCAGGUCGUGGCUCUGGAUGCUCAGAUCAUCGUGGCAGUGUCAUGUGGAGAGUGUCACACUCUUGCCUUGAAUGACAAUGGACAGGUUUUUUCCUGGGGUCUGGGCUCCGACGGGCAGCUGGGCCUCAAUAACUUUGAAGAAUGUGUUCGUGUGCCUAGAAACAUCAAAACUUUGUCAGAUGUCCAAAUCGCUCAGGUCUCUUGUGGCUACUGGCACUCACAUGCACUUUCAAGAGGUGGGCAAAUCUUCUCCUGGGGCCAGAAUCGAUAUGGGCAACUUGGGCUGGGAAAUAACGGACCGAGCAUCCCCACACCGCAAAUCAUCCAGUCCCUGCAGGGCAUUCCCUUUGCACAGAUAUCAGCAGGCGGUGCUCACAGCUUUGCCCUCACUCUCUCCGGAGCGGUGUUCGGUUGGGGACGUAACAAGUUCGGUCAGCUGGGUCUCAACGACAGCAAUGAUAGGUCAUUUCCAACACUCCUGAAGUCUCUUCGGUCGCAGAGAGUCAUUUACAUCUCCUGUGGAGAAGACCACACAGCUGCUCUGACCAAGUUAAGAGGAGUGUUCACAUUCGGAGCUGGAGGGUACGGACAGCUGGGGCAUAACUCAACCAACCACGAGAUCAACCCCAGGAAGGUCUUCGAGCUCAUGGGAAAUGUCGUCACGCAGAUCGCAUGUGGAAGGCAGCACACUAUAGCCUUCACACCUUCCUCUGGGAAGAUGGACUCAUUUGGGCUUGGCGGUAACGGUCAACUUGGCACUCGAUCCACAUGCAACAGGAAAAGCCCCUCCUCUGUCAGAGGUACCUGGGUGGCCGCCAUUACACCCACAGACACAGAUGCAGACACAGACGAGAACUACUUCAUCAGGAGGAUUUAUGCCGGAGGAGACCAGAGUUUUGCUCAGUACUGCACUUCAAAUAACCUUUACAAUGUGGUGGGCGCCGCAGCUCAAGACCCCAACAGGAGGAUUUGCACACUGAAUGAAGACAUCGUCCAAAAAUGGUCGUGCCACACGUCAGGAAGACUUCCGAUAGAAAUUUCAAAUGAGAUUGAUCUGGUGUUCUCCUCAGCCAGCUGUCUCAAUGGAUCCUUCCUGUCGAGAAGCCACCCGGAUCACUACAGCACCAGCACUAAAAAUCCAGGAGUCGAUGUAAUAACGGCUCGCCUCCUGUUUCACAGACUGAUACAGGAAGAUCACACUGAGAUCGCCCAGCAGAUCGCUGCCAAUCUGGAGAAGAACUUGAUCCCCAAGCUCAGCAACUCUCCUCCAGAUAUAGAAGCCUUGAGACUCUACCUCACUCUCCCUGAAUGUCCUCUGUUCAGUGACCGAAAAAAUUAUGUCACCAUCACCAUCCCGUUCGCCAAGUCAAUCAUUAGUCUGAAAGAAGCUCCUCUCAAGGUGCUCGGUAACUGGUGGUCCACGCUGGAGCCUCACGUCUUCCAGCGGCUGGUAGAGUUGUACAAGGAGGUGGUGGUUUUCCUGCUGCAGAUGCGUAAAGUAGGCAUCCCUCCCACCGAGCAGAGGAUCUUUACCUGCUUUCUGGACAUGUCACUUCGACUUCUGGAGCUCCUCCACAUGGUCAAUGAAAAAGCGGGACAUAAAAUCCAGUACGAUAAAUUCUACAUUCAUGAGCUUGAUGACUUGAUAGACAUCAGGAACGACUACAUCACCUGGAUUCAAAUGCAAAUGCAUCCGAUGGGCCACGACGGUAUGGUCACGCUGUGCCGGUAUCCAUUUGUGUACGAUGCUCAAGCGAAGACCACUCUGCUGCAGACUGAUGCCGUCAUUCAGAUGCAGAUGGCAGUGGACCAGGCCCAGAUGCAGAACCUCAGCUCCAUGUUCAUCCCUGCGGUGGAGUCAGUGAACCCCUGCCUCAUCCUCAUCGUACGGAGGGAUAACAUCGUGGGGGACACGAUGGAAGUCCUCAGGAAGUCCAAGAAUGUCGACUACAAGAAACCGCUGAAGGUAGUUUUCGUCGGGGAGGAAGCGGUGGAUGCAGGAGGUGUGAGGAAGGAGUUUUUCCUCUUGAUCAUGAAAGAGCUGCUGGACCCCAAAUACGGAAUGUUUCGCUACAAUGAGGAGUCCAGGCUCAUCUGGUUCUCAAGCAAGACCUUUGAGGACAUCGAUUUGUUCAGCCUGAUCGGGGUCAUCUGUGGUCUGGCCAUCUACAAUCUCACCAUUGUGGAGCUCAACUUCCCAGUGGCUCUUUAUAAGAAGCUCCUGAAGAAGAUCCCCACGUUAGAUGACCUGAAGGAGCUGCAGCCGGACGUGGGGAGGAGUCUGCAGCAGCUGCUGGACUACACUGAAGACGACAUAGAGGAAACGUUUUGCCUCAAUUUCACAAUAACGGAGGAAAACUAUGGUGCGACAGAGGUUCUGGAGCUCGUACCUAAUGGUGAAGAAAUCCCUGUUAAUAAAGCAAACAGGCAAGAGUUCAUCGACGCCUACGUGGACUACAUCUUCAACAGGUCGGUGGCGCCACUCUUUGAGUGCUUCUACGCUGGGUUCCACAAAGUGUGCGGCGGGAAAGUUCUGGAGCUCUUCCAGCCCAACGAACUGCAGGCCAUGGUGAUCGGCAACACCAACUACGACUGGACAGAGCUGGAAAAGGCGACUGAGUAUAAAGGGGAGUACUGGGCCGACCACCCCACGAUCAAACUCUUCUGGGAAGUUUUCCACAACCUUGCACUGGAGAAGAAGAAGCAGUUCCUACUGUUUCUCACCGGAAGCGAUCGCAUCCCCAUUUUGGGCAUGAAAAGUCUUAAACUGGUUAUCCAGCCCACCGGCGGAGGAGAGGAGUACCUGCCCGUCGCACACACCUGCUUCAACCUGCUGGAUCUGCCCAAAUACACCAGUCGGGAGACACUAAGUGCAAAGCUGCUGCAGGCUAUAGAUCAUAAUCAAGGCUUUAAUUUAGCAUGAACAGCUGGGACUGAACUCUAGAAAGAAAGAAAAAACAAACCACAUUAAAGGUCUUUUAGAUUUCAGUUACGUUUUGAUGUUGCUGGAACUCCAGAGUUGGAGAGGUACGACCAGGAAGGUUGGGCCCAGGUAUUGCUCAGAUGACGUGCACAGGUUUCAGAGGACGGAUGUGUUGUGAACGGCUCCACGUUUUUAGUUUGUUUGCAGUGAUCACAUGAACUAACGCCCACCUUCGGCCACACUAACCGCUUUCAGAAUCAAGAGUGGAUUUUUUUUGGGCUGAGCCACAAAACAAUCCAAGAAAUAAAAAAAAAAAAGCA